AUGUAUAUCCUGAUUCUCACUAUAUUUUACAUGGUCAAAAUAAAUAGUGAGCAGUUUUGUGAUAUGGUGGGUAAGAUAAUGUGUAUGGCCUAUGUAUUUUGAAGGCUGAUUAUUAGUAUUUUACUGUGUUCUGCACCACAGUGCCUAUCUCUGUCUAAACUCACAUUGAUAAGCAUCAUAACAGCUGAAGAGCUAUUUUGAUGGGAAUGGUUUUAUUGUUUUGUCAAUCAUCUUGGCCUUCUUUGGUAAUUGUGUGCAAUACAGGUUCCCACCCACCCACAGAUCCUAUACGAUCGGAGCUAGUGGGAGAGUAUGUCUGCUUCGCUAAGGCUGUAGUUCAAAGGACACAAUCAAUGUCAAUGAUUGCCUGCGUUUCUGUGUUUUAAAUAUUUGAUAAAGCUUUGCAUAAAACACGUGGCACCUUCAGAUUUCAUGUCCACGGCACUCUUUUGAGCAGUCAAGGAAAUCCUCACAGAAGGCUGUAUUUCAAUCAUGUUUUUAAGACAGCGCCCAGCAAGUCCAGUUCAGAGAAUGUAUGGGUCCAACGGUGUGAAAUUAUUCCUGAUGACCAGGGUUACUUAUUUUUAUGUGUUUUUGAUUUAGACUGAUUUAGACUCGGUAUAUUGAGCUUCUCCUAUAUAAUGUGCUAUACUGCAGUAAAUCAUGUUGGUUGUUUAGGUUGUAUAAAUGUUCCUUUAUAGGCUGGUGCUAGGAACCUCUGAGAUUUGAUUACCAGUGGUCAACCAGUCGGAAAUCCGUCCUGACCUGUUAUAUAAAUCAUGCGAUCUUUUUUGACAGACUACAAGUAUAGCGAUUGUAUAAUCUUACACAAGGCAUUCCUUUACCACAGUAUUCGAAAUGUUCCUCAUUCUCAUACAGCGCAAGUGACGCGUCAGUGGACGCGCCCACUGGACACCAACACAACUCCUCCAAUAUGUAUUACGGUGUAACGGGUUUUAUGCACAGCACAGACUAACGAAUAUACCCGAACAGGAACUAUACGCCAACCGCAGUAAUAAAAUAGGGAUGGAGUUUGGAAUUUCCAUGAAACAUAUCAUUGAGUGAGACAAAUGGUAAAGUAUUGGCAGUUGCCGUAGUGGGUAGCUUAACUACUUUUACGCUGCUUAACUUCUGAAAGUUUUUCUUUUGGGUGAUUCCGACUCGGAGAGGAUUGGCAGGACAUAGUAACAUUCAGCGACUGGAAGGUAUGUAUAUAGGCUACUGUGUAAGUAGACUAAGCUUUCGUGGCUUUUGGAUAACGCAUAGGAAAAUGGACAGCAUCCGCAAAAUAUCAGAUGCUGUUUUUUUUCUGAUCAAUCAGAGUUAUCUGUAUUUUUAUAGAAUACGCCCAGUCCACGCAUUUCUAUGUUAGUAGUAGUUUCAUAGCUCACAUACUGUAUCGUGUGGCAAAUUAUUUUAAUACAAAAUACAUUUUUAUUAGGCCAACAUUUACAUGGAAGAUUGUGUAUGUUGCCGUCAGUUUAUCUGACCAUAGACCUUCAAGGCAAAGUUAGAGGAACUGAGACUGAGGAGACCCUGUUGUACACAUUUGUGUAGGUUGGAGGUUUCCUGUCACAAGUUUGAAUGACCAUAAGAAACAGACAAGCAGGAUGAUGUCAUGAUUUAGCAUGUUAACUAUACUUGUGGGGACCAGAAGUCCCCACAAGAAUAGUAAACAAUAAAAAUUUGACCAACUGGGGACAUUUUGUUGGUCCCCGCAAGGUCAAAUUCUAUUUCUAGGGGGUUUAGGGUUAAGGUUAGAAUUAGUGUUAGGGUUAGAAUUAGAGUUAGGGGCUAGGUUUAGGUUUAGGGUUAGGGUUAAGGUUAGGUUUUUGGAUUAGGGUUAGGGUUAGGGUUAGGGUUAGGGUUAGGGUAAGGGUAAGGGUUAGGGUUAGGGUUAGGUUUGGGGUUAGGGGUUAGGGAAAAUAGGAUUUUGAAUGGGACUGAAUUGUAUGUCCCCACAAGGUUAGCUGCGCAAGACUGUGUGUGUGUGUGUGUGUGUGUGUGUGUGUGUGUGUGUACGUGUACUCCACGUCCCCUCUGUUUGUAGUUGGCUUACUAAUGAUGACACUCUCUUCCAGGAUAAGGACCAACCCAGCUGUAAUUUACAAUCUCACUUUUAAAACAACUGAAGGAACUGUGACCGGGAUACUUACAAGGACAUUUGUGUCAAAUAAGUGCAGGGGCAUUUGGGUGAGAAUCUAUUAUAUAAAAACAUUAUGGGCUAUUAUGACAAAACAGUAGGCUAUCUGUUUGACAGAAAAUCUGGUAACAUGUAUUAAGUUUUUAUAUAUAUAUGCCAUUUAGCAGACGCUUUUAUCCAAAGCGACUUACAGUCGUGCGUGCAUACAUUUUUGUGUAUGGGUGGUCCCGGGGAUCGAACCCACUACCUUGGCGUUACAAGCGCUGUGCUCUACCAGCUGAGCUACAGAGGACCACUUAUACUUGUGCAGUUACACAGUAAUUAACAACAUAGUGUUAACAUAAGUAAUUAGUGUUUCUAACCUACACUAGUACAGGAACAACUUAUAAAGUUUUACUGAAAAUCCACAUAUUGAAAGGGUGUAUCUUAACGCUUUCUCAUUCUUGCAGGACCCCUGCUUACAAAGGUGGUAGUGUUGCAGCAACGGAAGAAUCCAUGGAGGACUAUGGCAAUUACACCUACGAUUAUCUGGAGUAUGGAGACUUCGAAGAAGAAGAAGAAGUCAGAGAUGGAUACUCCCAGAAGGAGGCUAUGCACAUCAUAUCCAUAGUCAUGUAUAGUAUUUCAUUUGUGCUCGGUGUCACUGGAAAUGGAAUAGUCAUAUGGGUGACGGCAUUUAAAAGCAAACGGACAGUGAACAGUAUAUGGUUGCUGAACAUGGCUAUAGCAGAUUUUGUGUUUGUGCUCUUUUUACCCUUCUCCAUCGACUACGUGCUUCGAGACUUCCACUGGUCCUUUGGGCUGGUCAUGUGUAAGCUAAACUCGUUUGUGUCUGUGAUGAACAUGUACGCCAGUGUGCUCUUCCUCAUGAUGCUCAGUCUAGACAGGUAUGUCUCAUUGGUCCACCUUAGCUGGUCUCAGCGGUGUCGCAGUGUGUGGCGAGCCUGGGUCGUAUGUGGCUGUGUGUGGGGGGUAUCUGCUCUACUGAGCCUCCCCACCUUGAUAUUCCGUGACACUAUGAGUUUACGUGACCGGGUGGUGUGCUUCAACAACUUCAAUGUCCAGGAUGGACAUACAGCUGCUGUGAGACACAUUACGUUGGUGGUCGUCCGUACCGCAGUGGGAUUCCUACUGCCCUUCAGUGCCAUCUGUGUGACUGGAAUUCUCCUGGUAAUCAAAGUCCACCAGUCUGACGAUUCUGUGUACCUGUCUAGCUUUUCUAAGACAGUUUCCGCUGUCAUUCUGGCCUUCUUUUUGUGCUGGGCACCGUUCCAUACCUUUAGUUUAAUGGAGCUUUCCAUGCACUCCUCACUGUACCUACAUGACGUUCUGAAGACCGGCUUUCCUCUUGCCACUAGCUUAGCCUUUUUCAACAGCUGCGUCAACCCCCUCCUCUACAUGCUGGUGGGCAAAAAGGUUCGCCGGCUCCUGAAGCGCUCGUGUCUGGACAUCACAAAGAGUUCUCUGCGGGAGCUCAGCCAGUCCAUCUCUGCAACUGAAUCAUUGUCUGCAGCAGACAUCAGUCCUCCAGAGGAGCCCACAGAAUCAUCGACUAAUCCCACAGUUACCUAUAGCAGAAACCAAAAUAAACUGCUAUUUGACCUUUAAAGAGCCAGCCUGAACAUUAUUUUAGUCCAGAUGUGACUUAUUUUAUAUUCUACUUCAGUGUAACAUUUAUGCUAGUUGUUUGAGUUGGAUACUUCCAAGCUGUAAUUACUUCCAGUGCCAACUUCUGUUGACUAUAAAUUGCCCUCAGAGGAAAACCUGAGUAAAGACUUGCGCUAAAAGUAUAACUUGCACAUGGGAAAACAGGCAACUUUAAUGAUUUGAAAAAAUUAUCUGAUCCUAAUUACCCCAAAGACAAACAGGAAAGGAGGCAGCCUCAGGAACAAGAGUUAUUAGAAGCAGAUCUACCAUUUUCAUAAACACUUUUGUAUUUAGAUUUCGGUCUUCAAACAAAUCCAAGUUUAACCCUGAUGGGAAUUUAGGGCUUCUCUUUCAUAUUAUGUUGAAAAGUUUUCCAUUACAAGUUGAUUUUCUGUUGUAGUGUUUUCUGUUAUACACAAGAGACAAAUUCUAUUAGGCCGUUUUUUCUUCUUCUAAUUAUAUUAGGUGUAUAAAUGAAUCUCUAUGUUUACAUGACAUUUUCUAAUAGUGUUCACAUUGUCUUUCACUGUGUGGGAUUUUUGUGGGAAUUUGUAAUCUAUGAGGGAAAUUUGCAAUGCAAUUGAUUUGUUAAUUCUAAUAUACUUCAGUCAAAGGAAUAAACAAUGAAUCCAGUCC